AUGAUAAGAUGGCUGAAAUUACUGUUGCUGCUAAGUUUAAUAUUCCUGCAAGUAGCCGGAGAAGAGGAAGAGCAACAGCAAAGAAACGGGUGUAACAGAGACAGUGCCGAUCAAGAAAACGAAGAGGAGGAUGAAGAACGGUCACAAGACGAAGAGGAAGAAGCAGAAGAGGAGGAAGAAGAAGAAUACCCAAUAAACUCGUUCUUUGUCGAUGGUGCGGUUGGCUGCAAAGACAAUCCUUGGGGGAUAACGAUAGAUUACUUCAAGAUUGAAUGCGAAGAACGAGUACCCGAGAGUGAAGAUGAAUCGGAGGACGAAUGCGAGGAGGAGGAAGAAGAAGACUAUUGGCGAGAGCAGGACUGGGCCGAUGGCGCCAUGGACUACGGCUAUUAUCCCUACGGUGAUGGCAUGUACGCCAGCUAUUAUGGAGGAGAUCAGGGAUACUACCCUUAUGGUGAAGGAAUGUACUCUUCUCAAUACGGAGGCCAAAACCAACGCGAUUACUACAACGACCCGUGGGCACAAUACUACACCAGUGGCCAACAAGAGCAAGGGAAUGGAGGCUAUGCUGGUGGAUACUACUAUGGCCAGGGUGGAUACCAGCCGCAGCAAUAUAAGCAACAACAGUUCUCAGACUACUUUGGAGGACUCUACUAUGGUGACCGAACAGGUGGUCACUACUAUUCCGAUGAAUAUCCGGAGGAAGCUAACUAUUGGUUUGGCGGACUUUAUUAUGGAUAUGGAAAUCCAUAUGGCCAAUGGGGUGAUGCCCGUGAUUACUACUGGGAUGAAGAGGAAGAAGAGGAAGAGUGGGAACCCGAGGAAGCAGAUCACAAGCUUUGCUAUCUGGGCUCCGAAUUGAAAGUCUAUGGAAGAUUCACCACCGACUACCCUCUACCGAGAUUUGUACGCGUCCUUCCCAAAAUCUGUCUUGGCUAUGGGUCUACCUGCACGGAAUAUCUUAAGGGCGAUUACAACAAUAUGAUCCACGUGUGUGACUACAUUGAGGACGAAGACGAAUACCAGUACAGGUAUCCUUGGGGAUACUGGACCGAGGAGGAUGAGGAUGGAAAUCGGGAGUAUGUAUACGCUGAGGAAGGCGAAUACUAUGGUGGCUAUGGACAAGACGGUGACGUCGAUGACGACGACCUCUAUGAUGACCGCUACACAUGGAAGCGCAACAAAUACUAUAAUGGAGCUUGGAACGGAGGCGACAACAGCGUAUACAGAGAAUACAGAGAGCGAUACGGAUGUGAAGGAGAUGACGAUGAUUGCGUCGUAGAAUGUGCCGAUGAUGACGAGGAGUGCAUUGAGCAGGAAAACGCAGACCAAGAACAGCAAGAAGAAGAACAGGAUGAAGAGGACGAUCAGCAACAAGAUUGGGAAGAGGGCGCUGCAUACGCCAACAAGAGAGGCUACUAUCGUAACUGCCCGGCAGCGGGUAGCUAUUACUUUGAAGGAACUAUGACCCUCCCUGAGGAUGUCGAAGAAUACCUACAUGAAUACACCACACGGUUCCUGCUCCGUAUUGUCUUCCAACCGCAAAAUAGAGUUGCGAGGUACUACGAGGGAAAAUGGUGGGAAGAAGACUACUAUCGCAACGGUGGAAGGGACUAUUAUGCCCAGUAUCCACAGCAGGGAGAAUACUACGCUGCAGGUCAGUGGAACGAAGAGGAGGGAGACGAAGAAGCCGAAGAAGGCGAGGAUGGUGAAUACAUGUACGAUGACGUGUACCCGGAAGGAUAUUACUACUACAUGGAGGAUCAAGGAAACGACGAUACCGCACAAUACUUUCGAUCGAACGAAAACGUGUACUGCCAUAUACCACUCCGGUUGGUACCCGAGAACUUCAAUUUGACCAACUAUUAUGCAAGAAGCGCUUUCCAUCGUAGUUGGUGGUACAAAAACAACGGCUUCUACGAGAGUCCAUAUGCUUCUGAGUUUUGGGUAGCGAGUGCAGCCGCCUUCGGGGCUUUGACAGGAUUCUUUGUGUGGCGCCGAAGACGGAUACGAACGAAGAAGAAGAAGAGAGGAAGCUUGUGA